UUGAUUGGCAUUGCCAACCUAACAUAUGUGAAAAUUUAUUCUCCUUUGUGCAGUGUGAUAUUCAAUACGGUUCUUAGUCACAAUUUUAAAAAUUAAAUAAAAAUCUUACAAAAUGGAAGUUGCAUUGAACCCAAUUCGUAUAUUGAAAAAUGAGGCAUACGAAGAGAAAGCGGAAAUUGCGCGUUUGUCAUCGUUUGUCGGUGCAAUUGCAAUUGGUGAUUUGGUGAAGAGUACACUUGGCCCAAAGGGAAUGGAUAAAAUCUUGUAUUCAUCGGGUCGUAAUGCUGGUCAAGUUGAAAUUACCAAUGAUGGUGCCACAAUUUUGAAAUCAAUUGGUGUCGAUAAUCCGGCCGCAAAAAUUCUGGUUGAUAUGUCACGCGUACAAGACGAUGAAGUUGGCGAUGGAACCACAUCAGUUACAGUGCUUGCCGCUGAAUUGUUGCGUGAAGCUGAAAAGUUGAUCGAAAAGAAAUUGCAUCCACAAACAAUCAUCGCUGGUUAUCGUCAAGCCGUCGAUGUGGCCCGUGAUGCAUUGACCAAAUUCGCCCAAGACAAUUCCAAAAAUGAGGCUGCAUUCAAAGCAGAUUUGUUGAACAUUGCUCGUACCACAUUGAGCUCAAAGAUUUUGUGUCAACACAAAGAUUUUUUCGCAAAUUUAGCUGUUGAUGCUGUUCUUCGUCUAAAAGGAUCCGGUGAAUUGAACGCAAUCCAAAUAAUCAAGAAAAGUGGCGGUGUCUUAGAAGAUUCAUUCCUUGAUGAAGGAUUUUUGUUGGACAAACGGCCAGGAGUGCAUCAACCAAAGCGCAUUGAAAAUGCCAAAAUUUUGAUUGCAAACACACCAAUGGACACAGAUAAAAUCAAAGUGUUCGGUUCAACAAUUAAAGUUGAUUCAAUGGCAAAGAUUGCCGAUUUGGAAAUGGCCGAAAAAGAGAAGAUGAAAGACAAAGUGAACAAAAUUUUGAAUCACAAAUGUAAUGUGUUUAUUAAUCGUCAGUUGAUCUACAAUUAUCCGGAACAAUUGUUUGCCGAUGCCGGUGUAAUGGCAAUCGAACACGCUGACUUCGAUGGAAUUGAACGUUUGGCAUUGGUUACCGGCGGUGAAAUCGUCUCCACUUUCGAUAGCCCAGAAACAAUCAAAUUGGGACAUUGUGAUGUCAUCGAACAAGUUAUGAUCGGAGAAGAUACAUUGUUGCGUUUCAGUGGUGUACCAUUGGGUGAAGCAUGUACCGUUGUCAUUCGCGGUGCUACACAACAAAUUAUCGAUGAAGCUGAACGAUCAUUACACGAUGCACUUUGCGUAUUGGCCGCCACUGUUAAGGAAUCACGCAUCAUCUAUGGCGGUGGUUGCUCAGAAACUUUGAUGGCAACAGCUGUUUCGAAGAAAGCUACAGAAACUGCCGGAAAAGAAUCACUCGCCAUGGAAUCAUUUGCACGUGCUUUGUUGCAGUUGCCAACGAUAAUUGUCGACAACGCUGGUUUCGAUUCGGCUGCUUUGGUUGCUGAAUUGCGUGCGGCCCAUGUGCAAGGCAAACAAUCAUAUGGUUUGAAUAUGGAUGAAGGCAAAAUCGCCUGCAUGAAACAAUUGGGUAUUACUGAAUCGUUUGUUGUUAAGCGUCAAGUAUUAGUUUCGGCCGCCGAGGCAGCUGAAAUGAUUCUUCGAGUCGAUAACAUCAUUCGGGCAGCUCCACGUAGACGAACUGAGGACCGUGGAAUGUGCUAAACAUCGAUCAAAUUAAUCUUCUAGCGCUUAUCACACUGAUAUAAACACACACACACUCAUUCUUAAUUUCACAUGUCUUUAAAUUUACCUUUUCUCUAAAAUGAUGCAUUUUCUGAACACAAUUUGAAAUUUAUAUAUAAACAAAAAUAAGUGAGAAACAUCAAUGCUAUUUUUGGAACAUGGAACGCUUUAAUUAAUACACAAAAGAAAAACACGAUUAUAAACAAUAUUAUUAAUCGAAUAAAUAACAUUUUCAACAAAAUAUGAAAACAGGCA